AUGGUCGUUGUCCAGGUGCUGGUUGCGAUUUUUCUGUGUGUGAACUGUUUCAUGCUCUUCACUUUUUUCAAAACAGAGAUUUUUCGGACAACCACACGCUACAUUUUGUUCGCACACUCUUUACUCAGUGACUCAGUUCUUUUGUUUUUGACAGACCUUGUGAUAUUGCAGAUAUAUUUAAAUAUCCUGCUUCCUGUGGAAUUUUGUAUUUUACUCUGCAUGAUUAUGGAAAUUGUCUCCCGCACAACCAGGUUUGUCAUCACUGCGAUGUGUCUGGAGCGCUAUGUGGCCAUCUGCCUGCCACUGAGACAUGCGGACAUUUCCACCCUGAGGACGACACUGGCUGGAAUUCUCUUCAUCUGGGCUCUUAGUUCCUUGUAUGCCAUUAUUGAUCUCUUCAUUUUCACUUCUACAGCACCUCCAAGUUAUUAUGCAGAAAAGACAUUCUGCAGCUAUGAAAUUUUAUUAAUGACAGAAUGGCACAAGUACAUGAGAGCAAUUCUAUCAAAUUUGGACUUUGCUGUAAUAGGAAUCAUCCUGGUAUUUUGUUAUAUUAAAAUAAUGUCGGCAGCCAGAGCUGCUUCAGGAGAUAAUAAAAAAUCCUCAUCCAAAGCUCAAAAGACUUUGCUUCUGCACACCAUGCAGUUGCUCCUUUGCUUAAUUGAACUAUUGUGUCCGUUUGUAGAGAUGGCUGUUUUGGAAAUUGACUUUCAGAUUUUUGUAACUGUAAGAUAUUUCAAUUUUAUUGCUUUUACAUUGGCUUCCAGAUGUCUCAGCCCUCUAGUUUAUGGUUUAAGGGAUGCAGAAUUCUUUAAUGUUCUUAAAUAUUAUGCAUGUCUUCGAUUAAGUAAAACAGUGUCUCCUCACGUUGUAUAUACAUAG